CAUUCUUGGUCCGGCUCUAUAGCCGUCUUUCUGAUCCUUUCAAACAUCAUACUCUUUCUUCAUAUAAAUUAUACCCAACUUUUAAUAUCUCACUUUAUACUUCACAUAUCUUUGUUUGGUAUAUUCAACACACAAAACCAUCAUAUCAUCUCAUCAUGUUUUUCAUAAUCUUACUUUCGUUCUUAACUAUAAUAGUUGGUUUUUGGUUAAUUCCAAGAGUAUUAUCACGAACCUCCAUCGGUCACUUUUUACAGAACCAAUGGAGGUUCGUCGAGGAGUGUUUUCACUCCCACCAAUUUUACAAAAUCCCAAAAUUCAAUCAACACAUGCAAGAAAAUCCUCUUUUUAACAAAAUUGUUACAUAUCUAAAUUCGUUACCAUCUGCUGGUGACUCGGAUUAUGUAAAUCUUUUCUCCGGAAACAAUUAUAACCCGAAUGAGAUCACUCUUGUUAUCGAUCACAAUCAAGUCUUUCUUGAUUCGUUUCUCGGGUCUAGAAUCUUUUGGAAGCUAGAUAACAAUUGUUUCGUGCUAAAAUUGCGACGAAAGGAAAAACGAAGGAUAUUAACUUCUUAUUUUCAACACAUUCAUAAAAUUGCGGAUGAAAUUGAUCAAACUAAGGAAGUUAAUCUAUACAUCAAUGCCGAAAACGAUGUAGCGAAAAAUGGAAGGUGGGUAUCGACUAGGUUCAAACAUCCUGCCACUAUAGAUACAGCAAUGAUCGAUAUCGACCUAAAAAACAAGGUGAAAUCCGAUUUGGAAUCGUUUUUGAAAUCUAGACAAUAUUAUCAUCGUUUGGGUCGUGUUUGGAAACGAAGUUAUUUGCUCUAUGGUCCUUCCGGAACAGGGAAAUCUAGUUUUAUAGCAGGAAUGUCAAAGUUUUUGUGUUACGAUAUUUAUGACAUAGAUUUGUCAAAAGUUGUUAAUGAUUCUGAUCUAAAGAUGCUUUUGUUACAAACCAAAAUUAAGUCAAUGAUUGUUGUAGAGGAUUUGGAUCGUUAUUUGAUUGAUAAGUCAACGGUUGUUAGUUUAUCGGGUAUUUUGAAUUUUAUGGAUGGGAUUAUAUCGGGUUGUGGUGAAGAGCGAGUGAUGGUUUUUACGGUUAGUAACAAAGAUCUUGUCGACCCGGCUGUUCUGAGACCGGGUCGAAUAGAUGUUCACAUACAUUUCCCUUUAUGUGAUUUUUCAUCUUUCAAGAAUCUUGCUAGUAGUCAUUUAGGAAUUAAGGAACAUAAGUUGUUUCCGCAAGUUGAAGAGAUUUUUCAAACGGGUGCUAGUUUGAGCCCGGCCGAAAUUGGUGAAAUUAUGAUAUCGAACCGUGGAUCACCCACAAGAGCUCUAAAGACUGUCAUUAACGCAUUGCAAACAAAUAGUGAGAAUAGAACUAGUGGCAAAAGUGGAGUCGUGUCUCAUAAAGCGACACACGAUGGGUUACCUAGAGUUCCUAGGACCCGGAAUUUGAGUCAUAGUGGCUCGGUUGACGGGUUAGUUGAUUUACCUACAAAGUUAUCGCAUAGCGGAUCAACUAGGACCGUAGAAGACGAGUCGACUGAUUCGGGUUUAUUUUGUAUGGAUAACUUUCAUACAGGAAAGGAGCUUAAAAACUUAUAUGGAUUACUUAAGAAUAGAAGUCGUAGAAGGGAAUCAGUUGAUUUAGAUGGGAUAGAAGGAAAGCUUUCGACAUGAAAUAUGUUAGAAAGUAUUUUGGUGUACAAAUUCAUUCGUUUUAGUAGUAUAAAGUUAAGUUCAUACUUUUUUAUUUUAGUAGUUUAAAAGUGUAUUUUAUUAAUGUAUUUGUAUAUGUAAAGAUAUGUACUGUAUUUAGUAUUUGACAUACAAGCUGUCAAACAAGAAAGCUACUUUAGAUUUCAGAUU